AUGGGUCGUAAGCGAAAGGGUGCGAAAGCCGGCGAGGGCGAGGCGAAACUGGUAACCGGAUCGUCCGCGAUCUGGUCGUCCACCUGGGUGCUGUGGCUUCGCGGAAAGUUCCCUCCAGGUCCCUGGGGUUUGCCGUUCUUCGGCAGUCUGCCUGACAUCCUCCGCGAUGGCGAUCCGCACCGUCGGAUCACGGAUCUCGCGGAGAUCUACGGUCCAGUAAUGGGGAUGCGUCUCGGCCGAACCCCAACGGUCGUCCUCUCCUCUCCAGCCGCAGCGCGCCAGGUUUUGCGGGAUGCUGACAUGGCAUGCGCAUCGCGGCCGGCGGCGAUCACGUCCGCGUUAUUAACUCACGGACCGCGCGAUCUCGUGUUCGCGCCGUACGGGCCGCCUUUCGUGCAUCGACGGAAGCUCGCGACGAGCCACCUAUUCACGGCGGAGCGCAUCGCGGCUUGGCGCGGAGUGCGGGCGGACGAGGCGGAGGGGAUGGUGGCUGCGGUGGUCGAUGAGAUCGCUGCGGCGGAAAAAGCGGCGGGGGAAGCGGAGGGUUCCGCGUGGGCGGAAGUCGAGAUCCGCCCGCAUCUAGCGCGGGUGUCUCUGAACAAUAUUCUCCGCAUGAGCUGCGGGCGGCGGUACCAGUUCAGCCGCCCGGGAAAGCCGGACGCUCUCGCAGACGAGGUUAACUCCGUGAUCUUUAAGAUCGCGGGGCUCCUAGGGCCGUUCAACUACGUCGACCACGUGGCGGAAUGGGAUUGGUUCGACAAGUGGACCGGCGGGCUGACAGGCAAGUGCCGCGUACUUGCGCCGAAGCUUCAGAAAUUCUUCCGGGGAGUGCUGGACGACCACCGCAGGAUGCGGAGAGAGGAGGAGGGGAAGCGCGCGAAAGAGGCGGAAGCGGCGGCAGCGGAAGCGGCGGCGGCGGCGGCGGCGGAAGGGGAGGGGGAGGGGACGGAAGGGACGGGUAGCGAGGGUGAGCAGAGGCGCGGGGUGAUGGAAGAUGCUUCCACGUUCGCACCUUUAGAGAAUCCGGAAGAUCCGGAGAGGGACUUUUUAGAUGUGCUUCUGAUGCUGCAGAAACAGCAGCAGCAACAACAAGAGCAGCAGCAGCAGCAGCAGCAGCAGCAGCAACAACAAGAGCAGCAGCAGCAGCAGCAGCAGCAGCAAAAGCAGAUGAAUGGCAGUGCCAGCGCUGAUGCCAAGGAAGAAUCUAAAGGUGUAAAUGGUUCCGUGAACGGGGGUUCUGGGUUCGGGGUUGGUAAAACCCCUGUUGCUGCAGCGGUAGCGGCAGGAGCAGCGGCGGCGGCUGGGUCUGGCUUGGUGGUAGAUGACGUGGAGAUCACUUCGCUGCUACAGGAUCUGCUUGUAGCGGGUACAGACACUGCAGCGGUUAGCACAGAGUGGGCUUUAUCGGAACUAGUUAACCGGCCAGAUGCAAUGAAGCGGCUACAAGCGGAGAUAGACGGCGCGCUAGAACAGUGGCACAGAGAUCACGAAUCGGAUAAGAUCAAAUCGCAAUCGGAUCUCGAGGCGGCGUGGGAGCAGACGGGGGGCGAAGCGUUGCUCAUGCGGUUACCCUAUCUCCAGGCAGUCGUGAAAGAGAUGCUUCGCAUGCACCCUCCAGGCGCGUUCCUGAUCGCCCAUAGUACCACUGGCCCUGUAGAUCUCUGUAGCGGCAGGUACAGGGUUCCUGCAGGGACUAUGGUGCUAGUUAAUGUGUGGUCUAUUUCGCGCGACCCGAGCCUCUGGCCCGAGCCUGACAGGUUCGUGCCGGAGCGGUUCCUGCCCGGAGAAGUUUUCGAGCUGCCCGAGAGCGGAACAGGGGAGGGUGUGAAGCGGAUAGUGGGGGAGGAGGUGGAUAUGAGAGGAUUUGAUUUCCGCCUGCUGCCGUUUGGUUCGGGCAGGCGAAUGUGUGUCGGGCAGAGGCUCGGGCACCAGCUGGUUACCAUCAUGCUGGGUCGGCUCGUGCACGCCUUCAACUGGGAAGCGCCUGUUACAGGCUCUUAUAAGAGUGACUGUAACGGGAGUGGAUAUAACGGGGGAGAUUGUAACAAGGUGGAUUUGAAGGAGAGGUAUGGGCUUGCAAUGAGGAUGGUGCAACCUCUGAAGGCCCGUGCAUCACUGCGAGUGGGAGAGGAUGGGAGACGGGCGAUUGAAGCGUGGGGAGUGGGGAAGAGGGGAAGCAGGAAGUAG